AUGGCUACUCCUUUCAAGUACGAUUUUAAUAUCGAGCCCCACGCCGACGCCGAAUUUCCGGCUGAAAAGGGUCGUUACCAUCUCUACGUGUCUUAUUCAUGUCCAUAUGCCUGCCGUGCACUCGCAGCCCGUAAUCUCCUCGGACUUGAAGACGUCAUUAGUCUGUCGGUGGUACACCCCGUUUUUCAAAAGACCAAGCCAAAUGACGCCAAUGACGACCACAAGGGUUGGGCCUUUGUUGACCCUUCGACGUCAUCGACUAUGACGGCCUUCAAUGGCAAGACGUACCCCACCGACGGCUGUAUCCCGGACACUGUGAAUCACGUCAAGUUCGUGCGAGACUUGUACGAGAUGGUCGAUCCCGCCCCUCGCACUUUUACAGUACCAGUUCUUUGGGACAAGAAGAAGAGCACGAUCGUAUCGGAAGAAUCUCGUAGUAUUCUGCGUAUUUUGAACUCGGCUUUUCGUGAUUUGGUGCCGUCCAGUGUAAACUUGUACCCCAAGGAGUUGCGUGCCGAGAUCGAUGCUGCCAAUUCAGGAAUUAUUACAGAAGUGACCAUGGGAUUCUAUCAAAAAGUGUUCAACCCCACAUCAGAUGGUGCUGCGGAGGCUGAAGCACAAGAAAAGGUAUUGGCGGCUCUUCAUAGAUUAGAGGGACUGCUAGGGAAGCAGCGGUAUCUACUAAGCAAGGGAAUCACGGAAGCUGAUGUGUAUCUCUUCCACACGCUCAUCCGUCUGGAUGUCUAUCAGUCGAAGGAUGACAAGAAGAUCUUGGAAGAUUUCCCAAAUGUCAUUGUGUAUCUGCGCGACCUAUAUCAAUCUGGGCUCGUAAGCACGGUAUGCUGGAGCCAUAUGAAGAUUGGGCUAGAGAGCAAGCUUCCUGGCGCCGUUGCAGAUGGCCCGUUUGUUGACUAUGAAGUUGCUCACGAGCGCGCACAGCUAUCGUAA